CAGCUGCUUGGAGAGCGCAUACAUGGCUUGUGUGACAGCAACAGCGCACAGAAGCAGCAAUGAAAUGCAGUUAGAGAUACAGCUGGGAGACAGGCAGCAAGACAGGCACUGGUCCAGUGACUAAAAUGAUCCUCCCGUGAGCCAGCCUGCAGUGCCUCUAAAAGUGGCUGACUACUACGCAGGAGCUCGGCUUUCUCUGCAAUUACUCUGUGGUGUAACUGAGUUCCCCUUGGUGACUGCAGUGUGUGUUCUGUUUUCUUUUCUUUUUCUGUCUCCUUCUCUCUGUUCCUGUGCCCUUUUCUCCAGGAUGGCGGAAGCAGAAUUGCACAAGGAAAGGCUCCAAGCCAUAGCAGAGAAAAGGAAAAGGCAGACAGAAAUAGAAGGCAAGAGACAACAGCUUGAGGACCAGAUACUUCAGCUGCAGCAUUUCAAGUCCAAAGCUCUUCGGGAAAAAUGGCUGCUACAGGGAAUUCCUGCUGCCUCUGCAGAAGAGGAAGAAGCCAGAAGAAGGCAGUCAGAAGAGGAUGAGCUGAAGGUUAAAAAGCUAGAAGAAAACAUACACAGGUUGGAACAAGAAAUAGAGAAAUUAGAAAGUGAGGAAUCCCAAAUAUCUGCCAAAGAACAAAUCAUUUUGGAGAAGCUAAAGGAGACUGAGCAAUCCUUCGACAACUUGCAAAAGAGAUUCUCACACCAGGAUGGUGAUGCAGUAAAUUACAUUUACUCCCAGAUCCCUGAACUCCCAACCCUCUAUUCACGAACAGCAGAGCCAGUUCCUGGGCGGGACGGAGCAAGCAGAGUAGCUGCUUUGUACACCAUGGAAAUUAAUGUGGAGAAAGACAAACAGACAGGAGAGACCAAGAUUGUCUCUACUUCACCUUUUAGCCCAGAUGGGGCCCAUCAAAAAGGAUUCAAAGUCUAUGAUGAUGAUACCAAGGUAGUCUAUGAGGUUCACUCUGGUGGCACAGUGGUAGAAAAUGGAGUACAUAAAUUAAGCUCAAAGGAUGUAGAUGAACUUAUGCAAAAAGCUGGACAAUCAAGUGUAAAAGGAGGGUAUGAAAUGAUGACUGUGUCAGACAGAAAUGUGAUAGCAGAUGGAAACUUUAGCCAUAUGAAGGAGCAAAUGCUCUUCAAGGAGGCAAAGCUGGAAAUGGUACGCAAGGCCAGCAAAGGGCAUCCUGUGAACCCUCAGCCCCAAGAUAAACCCUGUGGUGGUGGUGAAGCUGUAGAGGCCAGCACAGAUCAGCCAGUGACAAUGAUAUUUAUGGGCUACCAGAACAUUGAGGAUGAAGAGGAGACGAAGAAAGUGCUGGGCUAUGAUGAAACGAUCAAGGCAGAACUGGUCCUGAUCGAUGAAGAUGAUGAGAAGUCACUGCGGGAGAAGACAGUAACAGACAUCUCCACCAUGGAUGGGAACGCCGCUGAGCUGGUCUCUGGCAGGCCACUGUCAGACACGACAGAGCCUUCCUCUCCAGAGGGGAAAGAAGAAAGCCUGCCCUUGGAAGCCGCCCCAGGUGAGAGGGAAAUGGAUAUUUUGCUGACAGACCUGAGAGGACAGUGGCCCUCUGAAAGUCCCCAAGCAGAGGAGAGUGCAAAGAAAUCUUCCAGAAUCCCUGAGGAUGAUAUCAGGUUGAGAAAAAACAGAGACCAAAACUGUGCCAAUUUCCUGGAGCCAGCUAGUGGGCUUGCUACAAAGGAAGAGAAAAUGGAAAUUGAAGUUCCAGUUUCUGAGCACAAAAGCAUCACCACCGUGGCUUCACCACAUCCUGUAGACAAUCAAACCCACUUCUUUUCCCCUUCUGCCAGCCACAAUGGACUUAAGGACAGGCAUGAAUCUCUGGAUAGUGAAGUUGCUAAAGAGAUCAGAUAUCUAGAUGAAGUACUGGAGGCAAAUUGCUGUGACUCUGCUGUAGAUAAUACCUUUAAUGGAACAUCCUCUCCUGAACCAAGUGUGGUCUCUCUUGUAGAUGGUUCAGGAACGUCCAUUAAUGAGUCAGUACCCAGUGAAAGUGAUGAAAAUGUCACUGACAAGCAGACAUCCUUGGUGGUUGAACAGAGUGAAGCUGGUAUAAGUGAUGAGAACCUGAAAUCUAAUGGCCAUUCUUCAGGGGGAUUGAAAGAAGACAUUAGGGAUAGUCUGAAGGUGCCAGGGAGUCCUACUUCUUCAAACAGUUCUAGAAGAUCUUCUAAGGAUGGAGAAACAACUUUUACAACCCUUAAGAAAGAGGCUAAGUUUGAACUACGAGCCUUCCAUGAAGACAAAAAGCCAUCUAAGCUCUUUGAAGAGGAUGAUGAGAAGGAAAAAUACAGAGUCAGGAAAGUGAGACCAUCAGAGGAAAUGAUGGAACUUGAAAAGGAAAGAAGGGAACUUAUUAAAAACCAGGCUGUCAAGAAAAACCCCAGCAUCGCAGCCAAAUGGUGGAACCCUCCACAAGAGAAGACCCUGGAAGAGCAACUGGAUGAAGAGCAUCUGGAGUCCCACAAGAAGUACAAGGAGCGCAAAGAGAAGCAGCAGCAGCAAGGUACAACACCAACAUCCCCCAAACAGGUCAGCUGCUUCUUUGUACCACCAGAACCAGUCAGUAUCAAAAAAGAGGAUAUUGUCACAGAGCAAAUUGAUUUCUCAGCUGCCAGGAAGCAAUUCCAGCUAAUGGAGCAUUCAGGUCCAUCUCAGGGUCAAGUCCCACCAAGGCGGUCAGGGACACCCAAAAUGUUCUCCAUCAAACCAUUCUACAAGAGCCUCAGUUCUUCACAGGUAGACAGGCCACUGUCCUCUGUGGCAAGACCUGUUUCUGUCUAUGGACAAACAGGACAGUCUGAGCAUAAGGAUGUUGCUGUUGUCAAAGUGCAAAAGGUUUCUUGUAGCUCAGAGGAUGAUAUGAAUGCUCAGAGUAACACUGCCGAUCCAGUAAGAGAGUUACCAUGUAGUGACAGCCCCAGAAGUGGACAGACUUCAAAAGUGUGGCCAGAGGAUGGUGAAUUCAUGAGUGCAAGAGCGGUCUUCACUGUGGUGAAGGAUGACGGGCAGGGUGUGCUAGACCAGUUCUCAAAGUCAACCAGCGCCUCUUCUCCUCCAGAGGAAUUAGAUUCUGGUUUAGAUGACUUGUCUGUAAGGUCUCAGGAUACCACCGUCUUGGAGACCCUUUCCAAUGACUUCAGCAUGGACAACAUCAGUGACAGUGGUGCCUCCAAUGAGACCAUGAGCGCCCUCCAGGAAAGCUCACUGGCCGAUUUCUCCCUGCCGCAGACCCCCCAGACUGACACUCCUGCCGAGUGCAGAGGGGAAGGUGUUUCCAAGUCAUUCAGUGACCCAGGCUUUGACUCACCUUCCUCUACCCUGGCAGACACCAUGCUAAUUGAUGACCAACUGGAGUAUCACGCCGGCCUGCUAGUUCAAAACGCAAUCCAACAAGCCAUAGCAGAACAGGCAGACAAAACAGGCUGUAAGCAAGAGAAAAUCAUGGCAGAGCAGGAGAUCUCAGUUGAAGAGCAGUCAGCCACUGGGCCAGUGCCAUGCUCUGAGGAGCAGCAGAGCCCUAUGUUUGAGCCACCCCAGGUGUCUUCUCCUGUUCAAGAAAAAAGGGAUACAAUACCAAAGACUUCAGAAGAGGAAGACUCAGGACUCAGGGAACAGAAGACUUUGCAGCCAUCACCUAUAUCCUCAGCCAGCCAGCCAUUCCUUGUGGAGGAAAAUAGGCAAGAAGUCAGCUAUUUUAGCAAGUAUUCGGAAGCAGCUGAGCUGAGAAGCACCGCCUCCAUCCUUGCCACACAAGAGCCUGAAGUGACCAUGGGCCCUUUCAAAUUACGGUCAAGGAAGCAGCGGACGUUGUCAAUGAUAGAAGAAGAGAUCAGAGCAGCCCAGGAAAGAGAAGAGGAGCUGAAGAGGCAGAGGCAAGGUCUACAGGUCACCCCGAGCCCUCUUGUGAAGAGUGCACCACCCCUGCCCACCAGAACAGUCUCUUACAAAACUGCACCUGGAAAGAUAGAGAAGAUCAAGCCUCCUUUAUCUCCAGCCACCGAGGGCCCCAUCUCACAGUCCGAGCUCCCCCCUGAGGAGCCUGCAGGAGCCCAGCGACCUAAGAACUUGAUGCAGACCCUCAUGGAAGAUUAUGAAACACACAAAACUAAAAGACGAGAAAGGAUGGAUGAUAGCAGUUACACCUGUAAAUUACUGUCUAGCAAGGUUACUUCUGAGGUCCUGGAGGCGACGAGGGUGAAUCGGAGAAAGAGCGCUCUGGCGCUGCGCUGGGAAGCCGGCAUUUACGCCAACCGGGAGGAGAACGAAUAAUCGUGCUGUAGCGUGAAGAAGGCGGCUAGGGACUGGAAAAACCAAAAAAAAGGAAAAAGAAAAAAAGAUAAAAAAAAAGGAAUAAGAGUAAGCAGUAGCAUUUUAAUCCAAUAUUUAUUAAAGAUACAACAAACUCAAUGCACAUAGACACAGAAAUGAUCCGACUCCCAGCAAUCCUAAACCAACAAGGAAUCCCACCUGGAAAACGUAUGAUCCCUCCCCCCCCCCCUUCCCCCAUGAAAUGCGGCAACCAGGAGGCCACGCGGCGCAGGACCACUCGAGGGGUGAGCAGGCAUCAUCCCGGCGAGGAGGAGAGGCUGCAGGUGAGCGGCGAGGCCGGCACGGCGCGCCGGGGAGACUCCGGCCGGGGCUCGCACGUGCGCUUCCCUGGGGAUUUGCAGCGCGGCUGCAUCCCUGGGACACCCGCGAGGUGGUCCCGGGCAGCAGCCCGCGCGGGAGCCCACGGGCUCACCUGCUGCAUCCUCGUCUCCCACCGUCGCCGCCCGAGGAAUGCUGGCGUGCUCUCGCCAGCCGUAAAGCACCACGAUGUUACCGCCUGUUGCUAUUUCUUUUAGGGGAGUGAAGGGUGCGGUUUGGGAUUGUGUUUUGUUCAUUUUUGUUUUGAUGGUGGGUGGGAGUUUUGCUUCCCUUUCCAGUAAUUUAUCUGUUUAAAAGGAGGAAAAAAAAAUGGGGAUGCAGUUAUUGCAAAUGUACAAUCCAGCAGACUCAGUAAAAUAGUCCCUUGUGUUGCAAACACAAGCCAUCAUAAUUUAGGAGUGGAAUAGAUGGGGAUGAGAGCCAAGCCAAAUGGAUUACCUUAGCUUUAGGAUCCUGUAUGCUUGCAAUAUCACCUGAGCUCCAGGUUCUCAGAGCAUAUUUACAUAGUAAAGUUUCUAAAUAGAAAAACUGUAUUUAGUGGAUGACAACUAUUUUUUGAUGGUGGGGAGGGAAAAGCAUGGCAUAAAAGCUAUAAAGAUGGAUAAUUUGAAGUAGAAGUGUAGUGGGAAAUGAAUGCAAAUAAAGGACAUUUAAUUUUUAAAUGAGGCAAUAAUUGAACUGAGCCAGACUCUGGCCUAGAAAGAGGUAUGAAAUAAGGAAGAAAGGUAGUCACAUCUUUAACUAUAUUUAUACAACGUAAAAGGCCUUUGGAGUUAAUGUAGAGUGCUUUAUGGAGGUCUUCAGGUUUCCAGGCAACAAAGAAGUUGAAAGGGUAGUGAAUGAGAAAGAGUGAGUAAGGAAGAGCACACAAAGAAAAUAAGCAUUAUUUUUGCCAUUCAACCAGUGUUUUCAGCGCUACAAGCAAACCAUAGAGCCUUUAGUUAUUGCAUAGGCUUGGGAUCAGCAGUGAAGGAUUCGUGUGAGUCUGGGUGUGAGCGUGGAUAUGUAUGCACGUGUGUGAGUGCAUGUGAGAGGGUGUGAGAGUGUGUGAGACUGUCAUGCUAGAAAGAGUACGGAGGUGGGUGUACAGAUUAUUUUCUCCAAAGCUGUUUGCCAGCUGUAGGGUUGAGUGAGAAUUUCUUUUUUUUCUGAAAGGGGAUAUUAAAAAAAAAAAAGCACUGAGUUGAUGCAGUAUUUGUGAUAUUAAAAUUUGACCCAACGUGGUAUUUGCAUGAGUCACAAUUGCAAAGUAUUGACCAGUUUUGUAACCUGACAAUUAGAAAAAAAAAUGUGGUAUUUAUUCUUGCGCUUUGUAUUUGUAUGUAGUGUAGAGGCUGUGGGUUUACUCUUUCUUUUCAUGCAAAGCAAUACAAUAAGAGUAUUUUACAACUGGGAUCCAUAAUUUCUGGACUAGAAAUGAUUGAGUUUGGGAGGGAAUAAGAAAAAAAAAAGACAUUGAGCUUUUUCUAUAUGCAAUGCUCUGUCUUUUUUUUUAUAAACAAAUAUUAUUUUGACUUCUUUUUAAAAAUCAGCCAAGAUGCUGGUCCUCUAUUAAGCCUUUCCUUGAUUUCAUGACCUGCUAUGCUGUUUUAUUCUGAAACAGUGCGCUCAUUUAAAAUGAGUACCAAUACUGUGAACAUACUUCUGGUGCUUUUCUUAAACAAAGACAGAACUUGCAACCGAAUAAUCCCUGGGCUCCCCACCCCUGUUUCCUCCAGCAUGUGUUUUCACACAUGCAGAAUAUCUUUCACAUUCACUUUUCUCUGCCAGUUAAUGCUAUCAUUUGAGGCCUAUUUUCAGGGAACUGUGGCAGAUGUGAUCAGAAGAACCUAUUGACGCAGUUCCAUGAUUUUUCUCUGUAAGUGCUGCUUAACAAAAGAAAACCCAUUUGAAAUGAGAGUUCACUGUGAAAAAAGCCAGCAAACUUAUCUCAUGAAUACUCUAAACCACAGUGCAAUGGAGUGCACCACCUAUACGGCAGAAUUAUCUACCUAAAAGAGGGGGCCUGUUGUUCAGACAGAGCAAUCAACAGUAAACUGUGAUUCAUAUCUCUGCACUGGGUGGAUGUUACCAUAAGACUGUAGUAAAAGCAAUGCCACCAGUGCAGCAGUCCAGUAGGAUCAUCUGACAUGUAGCAGCACUCAUGAGCUUCACACAUCUGUGUUAGGAGGAGCCCUAGCUCCCUUCGCACUUGGGAAGGACAUUGGUGAGCCUAGAGACAGGGGUUUUCUUGAGCAGUAUCAUCUAGCAUCCUGCUAUGGAUGGCCCAUGUAUUUAUAGUGAGACCGUCUUGCAUCAAACCAUGCCCUCCUCAGUUUGUCCUGGCCUUUGCUCCUUGAAACAGGGCUACCUUGUAGGGAGCAUGUAUCUUCUCUAUUUUCUUUAGUAUGGAGGUCUGCUGUUUUCUCUCACUUUCUCACUGGAAGUCACUAAGGUUAAUCAUUAAUCAUAGGGCAUUUCCUCAUGCUUUGCCACAUCUUGCUCUCCCACCACAAUUGCCACUCGAUGUUUGAGGUGAAAAUUAAAUCUCUGUCCUUGAAAGCAGAAGGGGUGGUGGGAAGGGGCCACAUGGAAACCCUUUGCACUAGAAGCAUUAUCCUUCAUGCCCUGCAACAAGAAAAUUUGCAUAAAAGUAUUUGGAUUCAGGACAGCUGAACUUUCCAUCCAGCAGUGUUUUUCUCUUCCAGAAAUUAUGGAGACUCAUUGUCAGCAGCACAUAUUCAGUGCUGUCGUAACAGGAGUGCUAUGCAGUUUACUUGCCUCUUUGUUAUUUCAUUUGCAUGCUACCAAGCUUAGAUGUUUAUAAGUAUAUGCCAGUAAUACAUAUCUAUCUAUAUAUACAUAUAUCAAAUGCAACAAAGGAGCACUAUUGCAGAAUUAAGUUCAUCUCCACAAAAGAAACUUUCGUUUCUGAAAUCUUUCCCGUGUCAAAGACUGGUUUUAAUGAAACUGUGUAUUGAAAAAUAGUUAAGCAUUAGCUUUUGUGAUUGUAAUCAGUUUGGGGAUAUGCUGCAGGUUUUCUGAACAAUUCUAGUUUUAAAAUGCACCAGUUUUGGCUUCAUAUUAGUCCAUAUUGACAUAAUUUGACAGAAAAAUACAAUAACAUUGAUUUAUUGGCAACCAAAAGAUGGCAUCCUUGUCAUGACUAAUUUAACAAUUGUCAACCAAUUCAACAAUACCUGGCUUUCCGUAUAUGUUAACCACUUCAAUGUUAACCUGCUUCUGUUUUUUAGUGACUGUGAGGCCUACAAUGCAAGUAUAUAAUUAUUUUCUCAUUAAAACAGAAACCUGUGUUGUGUUUCUAUGAAAA